AUGCCCUCAUCGAAAUCUCACAUGUAUCAAAGUCCUCCACAAUCUGCGGGAGCCCCAAAAGAACCCGGAGCACCCGAAAUGCCAGGCAGUUGCGUCGACCUGGCCAACCUGGACAAUGGGCAACAAAGGCAUGCAUGGUCCUCCAGGCCCUCCGGCGAUGAACGACUUUAUAGUGUACGAGAACCUGUAGGGAGACGUGUGGAAAAGAUCAGGACGCAAGACGACGUAAAGAAUUAUCUAGACCAGCUGGGGGUCGGAGUCCUUUCGAUGCAUGGUAAACUGACCCUGUUGAAAACAAAGUAUGUUUGA